AUGUCUUCGCAUCCGGUAGAAGAAGAUAUCGACUCGACGGUCGCGGAUCCAGAUUUUCGCAUCGUCACAACAUUGAAGCACACGCUGUUCAACGCCCGAGACGUCAAGUCGCAGGAGGAACCGGCGUCGUACCGCGCACUGAUACGGCAGUGGAGAGAGGUCAACAGGGAACUUCUCGCGCUGCAUGCACGCCGUCUCCGUGAGGCUGCCGACGCUUUCGGCUGGGCGGACGUCGCGGUUAGGUUUUCGUCCCCGGCCGCCGCGGGCGAGCGAGAAGGAAAUGGUGAUGGCGAAGGGGACGACGCGCUGAUACCGUCAGGGGCAGAGGGACCUAUCAAUCUAGAGUUCCUGGUCGAGGACGCCGCCGCGAAAUCUCAAGGAGACUCCUCCUCUCAAGGCCCUGGCGUAGGGUUCCUACGAGACCUCCGCGUCCGAGUCCUAAUAUCCCGCGAUGGGGAUGUGACUGUGCAAUGCACGCCGAUGGGGGCGGAUCAGCCUCUUUCGACCCUGGCUCGCUCUCUUGACAUGUACACAUCAUGCCCUUUCACGGGGCCGGCUGUCCUUGGACAAAAGGAACAACAACGACAAUCAGCAGCCGUAUCACCACUAUGCGAGGUCUCGGUCGACGCCCAACACACACACGUGUCCGUGUUCACACGGCACAAAACCACACAUCGGAAGCCCUACGACGACGCCCGCGCGCGUGUCCCCGCCCCGCCGCUCCUCCCAACCACGCCGCCCACCGCGAGGGAAGUGCUCCUUUCCAACAGCAACGCGCAGAUCACCGAGGCGUCGCUGUCGACGGUGUAUUUCCCGCGCGGCGGUGGCCGCUGGCUGACGCCGCGGUCCGCGUGCGGCGGCAUGCAGUCCGUGACAAGGCUCUACGCGCUCGCGGCGGGGUGGUGCGACGAAGGAACCGUACUGGUCCACGAGGUGCGGGAUGGAGAAAUGAUCUGGUUGAGUAAUGCCGUAAGAGGCUUCUUUCCUGGCGUGGUGAAGCUCGGUGGUCAAGGUGCACGGGGGAGUACUUGA